UACAGUAAACUUCCCUUUAGAUUGCUGGUUCAAGACUACAAAGUUGAUCUCACGUAUACCCCAAUGAUUCUGGCACACGAAUUCAUUCGUCACCCUGUUGCACGCUCCUCAGAUUUCAGUACACAUCAAAACGAGGGCCCGGUCAUUGCUCAGUUUGCCUCCAACGAUCCAGUCGAGUUUGGGCGAGCCGCAGAGAUGAUCGGUCCGUGGGUCAAUGGUGUUGACUUGAAUUGCGGUUGUCCGCAGUCAUGGGCAAUGAAGGAAGGAAUUGGGUGCAGCAUGAUGGGAAAUCCAGAAAAGGUCGCCGCCAUGAUCAAAGAGGCAAAGCAAAGGAUUGGGGCUGGCAAAACUGUAUCAUGCAAGAUACGUAUCCAUCCCGAUUUGAGCGAGACCGUCAGGUUCAUCAAGAUCGUGGAAGCGGCAGGUGUAGAUUAUAUCACCAUCCAUGGUCGCUUACGCAACCAACGAUCAUCAACGCCGCCUAACUUUGAGGCAAUCAAAAUGCUCAGGACUCAAACCACAUUACCGGUACUGGCGAACGGCGACGUAUACACACUGGAAGACGCUCUUCGGAUAACCAAGGAGACAGGUGUAGACGGUGUCAUGGCAGCUCGAGGUCUUCUGGAGAAUCCUACCUUGUUUGCCGGCUACGACAAGACGCCCAUCGAGGCUGUGUCUCAAUUCAUACACUAUGCUGUACAAGGUGGCAUGAGACAUGAGCUCGUGGUGCAUCAUCUUACUGAGAUGAUGGGUUCAUCAACUACAAAGAGGGAAAGGGGCGGUCUGGCAGUCUGUAAUGAUAUGGUAGAUGUGAUAGAUUGGCUGGAUAAUAGGUGCAAACUGGAGAGGCCUAUGGUAUAG